AUGUCCUUCUUCAACCGCAACAACCCCAACGCUCCCGCACAACGGCGGGCGGCGCAGGGAGGACCAGCUCCGGGCCAGUACGAGCGUCUCCCGCCCGACAACCACCCCGGAUACGCCAACACGGCUACACCGCCGCCCGCACCUCCUGCCCGUCAGCAGCCAGCACAGCCCCAGUACGGCGGCGGUGGUGGUGGCGGCGGCGGCGGCUACAGCCAGGACCAGUACACUGGUGGAUACCAGCCCAGGCAGCCUGCUCCUCAGCGCGGAUACGACGGCCCAUCGAGCGGCGCGUCCGAAAAGUACGAGCACCGCGCCCCAGCUCCACAGCAGCAGGCAUACCCUACUCAGCAGGGUUAUGCCCAGCCAGCUCCACAGCAGCAGAGGCAGCCGGCGGCGUACGGUGGUGGCAAUGCACCAACUGGUGGGCGUGGAAGUGGUGCUGUCUUCGGCAUCGCGUCUUGCCCCUCCGAUGACCUGGCGCUUACGAACCGCCUUGUUGUCAACCCUGCCGACUUUGCCGCCGACACCGAGUUUGUGAUCUUGCGUAACAAGUUCAUCAUGGCCGUUCUGCGUGACCCCACCGGCACCCUUCCUCGAGGCACCCUUGGCCCCUCCAAGAUUAUCCGCCAAUGGGUAGGCCUGUCAGGUAUCGGCGAGCGCGUCGACGUCGAGCCGUACCAGCCCGGCAGUGGCGAGUUUGCGACCCAGGUCGACCUCGAGGUCGGCUUCCUCCUCAAGCGCAAGGAGACGACCGACCUGUUCGACUCGGAGGAGAUGGGCCGCGCUUUCCUCCAGGCGUUCCCGAACCUCCCUCUCACACCGCUCCAGACCCUGGUGUUUGAUUUCCGCGCGCACCAGCUCAAGGUUCUCGUGCGCAAUGUGACCACCCUCGAUGGCAGGGAGGGCGCGACGGGUAUCACCAUGGAGAACACCGAGGUGGUCUGGUCCAAGGACCCUUCUUCCGCCAUGAAGCUCAAGAACACAUCCAACAACCGUCCCACCAACGCCAUUCUCGCUCCCAACUUCAAGUUUGAGGACAUGGGUAUCGGUGGUCUCGACAAUGAGUUUGCCGCCAUCUUCCGUCGUGCCUUUUCGUCACGUAUCCUUCCUCCUGGCCUUGUCGAGAGGCUCGGUAUCAACCACGUCAAGGGUAUCCUCCUCUUUGGUCCUCCCGGUACCGGAAAGACCCUCAUGGCGCGUCAGAUUGGCGGUAUGCUCAACGCACGUGAGCCAAAGGUCGUCAACGGCCCCGAAAUUCUCAACAAGUUUGUCGGCCAGUCCGAGGAGAACAUUCGCAAGCUCUUUGCCGAUGCUGAAAAGGAGCAAAAGGAGAAGGGCGACGAGAGUGGCCUGCACAUUAUCAUCUUUGACGAGCUCGACGCCAUUUGCAAGCAGCGUGGCACCACCGGUGGCGGUACCGGUGUGGGCGACUCGGUUGUCAACCAGCUCCUGUCCAAGAUGGACGGUGUCGACCAGCUCAACAAUGUCCUCAUUAUCGGUAUGACCAACCGCAUGGACAUGAUCGACGAGGCCCUUCUCCGUCCUGGCCGUCUCGAGGUCCACAUUGAGGUUUCGCUUCCCGACGAGUCGGGUCGUCUCCAGAUUCUCAACAUUCACACAUCCAAGAUGCGCAGCAACGGCGUCAUGGGUGACGACGUCGACCUCGCCGAGCUCGCGGCGCGCACCAAGAACUUUUCCGGUGCCGAGCUCAACGGUCUCGUCAAGAGUGCCACCUCGUUUGCGACCAACCGCCACAUCAAGGUCGGCACUGUCGCUGCCUAUGACAACCUGGACAACCUCAAGAUUACGCGUUCCGAUUUCUUGCACGCUCUGGACGAGGUGCAGCCCGCGUUUGGUGUCAACGAAGAGGAGCUCCAGGAGGUCGUCACCAACGGCAUCAUGCACUACAACAAGCGUGUCAAGGGUAUCCUCGAGGACGGUAGCCUCCUUGUCGAGCAGGUCCGCCACUCGGAGCGCACCCCGCUUGUUGCCGCCCUCCUGGAGGGUCCUGCUGGUGCGGGCAAGACUGCAAUGGCAGCCAAGAUUGCCCAAGAGUCGCAGUUCCCGUUCAUCAAGCUCGUGUCGCCCGAGCAAAUGGUCGGUAUGAGCGAGCCCCAGAAGAUUGCCGCUCUCAGCAAGGUCUUCAACGACUCGUACAAGUCGCCCAUGUCGGUCAUUGUCGUCGACAGCCUGGAGCGUUUGCUCGACUACAACCCCAUCGGUCCCCGUUUCUCCAACGGCGUGCUUCAGGCCCUGGUCGUGUUGCUUGGCAAGCGCCCGCCCAAGGGCCGCCGCCUGCUGGUCCUUGCCACCACGACCAACAAGGGCAUCCUGCGCGACAUGGACGUGCUCUCGGCCUUUGACACCGAGCUGCACGUCACCUCGAUCGACGACUUUAUCGGUAUCGAGCACUGUCUUCGUGAGGUCAAGCUCUUCGAGGACGACCGCCAGUACGGCCAGGUUAUCCAGUACCUCCAAAAGGCCGGCUUUGGGCAGUUUGACGAGGGAGCGCGUCCCUUCCAGAUCGGUGUCAAGAAGCUGCUCACGCUUGCUGAAAUGGCACGCCAGGACCCGGCACCGGCCGUCAAGCUCGGUACCAGCUUGAUCAACGAGUUUAGCCACUAG